CCUGAGCGGUGGUACAUCUCUGCAGUAGACCGUGCUGUCCUCGGCUUUCUUCCAGUCUUCCCAGGCAAUCCCCAUUGCAUCGCAAGAGUACACCGAUCAGGAGGUGUCGAGACAGCUGGUCUCGGAGAUCGUGCAGCUCCUGGAGGAGAAUGAGGUUCAGAGCUUCCUGAUCGGCAGCUUCAUGCGAGGCGCUCUCUAUCAACCGGUCGAGAUGAAACCCAUUGACCUGGUCAUUGACGACCAAAUAAUCACCAGGAUCGAUGGGCGCACGGAAAACGCCAUGGACCGAGCCAUUCGCAUCCUGCGCGAUGCCGGCUUCCCCGAUGGAUCCGGACCCGACCCCUCGAAUCUCCGCUGUCCGAUAGAGCUGGAGAAACUCAAGACCUACCCCAUGUAUAUGCCUCCCCGGUUCAAGACCCACCACUCGUUCCAUCUGCGGGGGGAACUCCAAGCCGGCAUGCACCAGGAGCUCCGUCUGUACCGAAAGUCGGAGUACUUCUGGUGUCUGCUCAAUGUCAAGCCGAGCGCCUGGAUGGAUGACGGGGACGUUCAUUCGGACUUUAUGCUGGCGUGUGAUAGCCGAUUGACCCUCGGGGAUCAGCCCGGACAAGGCCGCUUUGCGAAGGAGCAUCGCUGGGUCCAGAUUCCCAAGCCGGUGCGGUAUAUCGAAGCCCUGCUGCUGCUCAUGAUUACUCACGGGGAUACAGCAAAUCGGCAGAAUUACUGGCGCACCGAAAUCCUCGUCCUCCAACUCAAUGUCCCUCCGUGGAUGUUCAAGGACGAGGAUUUUCAUCCCCGGGUGCGAGCUUGGUGGGAGGUGGCGAAGAAAUCGAACGGGCUGUUUGUUACUCAAGUGCAGUGGGAGCACGAGAAGCCGCAUCUGGAGGAGCUCGCCCGAGCCCUCCGACAGGAGGGGCCGCUGAGGGCACCCAACUUUUCAGACUUGUAUCUCCCUGCUUGAUGCACCG